AUGCCGCGACGAUCUCGAUCGAGUGCCGGCUCGUCCAAAUCAAUUGAAAAUACACAGCCAGAAGAAGAUCCUCAGCAGCGAAACAACGACAACGCCCCCGCCGACUCCAGCAACAAUGAAGGGGAUGCGAAGCCCGAGCCAGCCAAGUCCCCUCGCGCACACCGCGCAAUGGGCCAUUUCGAAGCUCGGCUCGAGAACACCGACUACGACAGCCUGGUCCCUCUACCUCCCAUUCGCAUCGCGCGUGACCAAAAAGCACAAGUACGGGCUCCGUCGGCGGCGUACCUCGGCCCAGGAGAUCGAGGAUUUCAGCACACUAUGAAGACGAACAAGGACAAACUGCGGCCCCUGAUCAAGGAGUGGUUGACCGCGUGUAAGCCGCUCUUCACGAGUGCGCCGAUGCGCGUCCGGAACAGCUUCGAGGCGCACAUGCUGCACCCGCCUGUCAACCUCCAAUUCGAGACCGAUGACAAGGAGACGCAGAUCGUCACUCGCUUGCCUCCCUCUCUCCCGGCUGAGGAAACGAAGGAGGGGGAUCCUGUAGGUGACAGCUUGCUGGAUCGUCUGGCCGAUGGCGUGACGAUCCCCAUGGACGAUCUCGCGGCGCUCCCUGUCUUCGAGCUGUCGGAUGUGGACUCCUUCCUCGAGAUCAAGGGUGGCUCCGUGUAUCGCGUCACCAUCAACGGGAAGGACUACCUCUACAAGCGCGCACCUAGCGAUGAUGAUGAUGACUCGUCUGAUCCAUGCCGCGCGGUGGAAAAGCUCUUUGCCCUGGCGCCGUUAUCGCUCCGUAUCCCCAGGGUGGAAGGACUCAUGAGCCCGCGGACCACGGCCGCUGGCCUGCUGUACACGUACAUCCCCUCGGUGGAUCUAAGUAGUAUCCCGAAUAUCGACGCAGUGGACAUCGCCGAGCGCCGGAAGUGGUACGACCAGAUCUCGGAUAUGGUGCUUACGAUGCAUCUGAAGAGACAAUUCUGGGGAGACGCGAAGCCGGAGAACGUUGUUAUCGACCAUGAGCAUCGCGAUGCUUGGCUCGUUGAUUUUGACGGGGUUUCCACCCCCUUGGUGAAGGUAUCUAAAUCUAAGACCAAGUAUAAUAUCGCGCAUGAUCUGCAGGGCCUGCAGGAUAUUCGCGAGUUUUUGCUUCUCUCGGCCUGA